ACAUUCAACAAUUUCAUAUUAUUUUUUUUUUAAUUCGGACGAAGAUUAUACAGAUUCAAAAUGCAAACUGGUAAAUUCUCGCAGGCCGUUAGUAACUCGUUACAUUUAAUAGGAAUGGGCGUAGUAGUGGGCGUGGCCGCUUGCGGUAUUGCCGUCUUCAGAUUCCCCAACGCAUCCAACCGGAUUGGUCAGCUGUGCAAAUCAGCCUUUGGAGAUCUCGGCACCAGACGCUUUUAUAGCGGCGGAUUUAAGGAGCGGAUGACGCCCCGCGAAGCAUCUCAAAUUCUGGGCACUAGCCUGAGUGCCCCAUGGAGCCGCAUGCGGGAGGCCCACCGGCGGGUCAUCCUCGCCAAUCAUCCGGAUCGCAAUGGCUCACCAUACCUGGCUGCUAAGAUCAACGAGGCCAAGCAUGUGCUUUUAGAGCGAAAAAAUCGGUCCAGAUAAUUAACGAUUCGGGGAAGGGAACUAAAGACUCUCAAACGACAGCCGAUCGACUGGAACUUUAAUGGGCUCUUUCAAGUCUAAUUCAUCAUGACUAACGAAAUGUGUGUAGCUUAACAAAAUUGUAUUUGAAAUAUUCCCUUGAUAGCAAGACAUUAAAUUAUUAA